AUGGAUGAUUUUCAAGACUAUAUUCAAGUCUUCAUCAUUUGUGUGCUCUCCACCAUCCUUCUUAGAUCCAUACUUAGGAGAAAACAAAACAAGAUCCUCCUUCCACCGAGUCCAUGGUCCCUACCCAUCAUUGGACACCUUCACCUUCUAUCUCCAAUACCUCACCAAGAUUUUCACAAGCUCUCAAUCCGCUAUGGACCCAUAAUACACCUUUUCCUUGGCUCUGUCCCUUGCGUGGUAGCUUCCACCGCAGAAGCUGCCAAAGAGUUCCUCAAAACUCACGAAACCUCAUUCUCCAACCGCCCUGCUCAAACCGUUGCCGUUAAGAGCUUAACCUACGGCUUCCAAGACUUCACGUUUGCACCUUAUGGACCCUAUUGGAAGUUCAUGAAGAAGCUCUGCAUGUCUGAACUUCUCGGUGGCCGCAUGCUUGAUCGGCUCCUUCAUGUGAGGCAGCAAGAAACGAAGAGAUUCAUCAAACUUGUGUUCAAGAAAGGGAUCGCUUGUGAGGCCUUGGAUGUUGGAGCAGAACUCAUGACGCUUUCGAGUAACAUCGUUUCAAGAAUGACUCUGAGUCAAAGGGUUUCUGAAAACGACAACGAAACAGAAGAGGUGAGGAAGCUGGUGGCGGAUACGGCAGAGCUAUUGGGGAAGUUCAAUAUAUCGGAUUUCAUUUGGUUCUUGAAGGGUUUUGAUUUGCAGGGGUUCAACAAGAGGCUCAGUGAGAUUCAGUUCAGGUUUGACACCAUGUUGGACAGAGUGAUAAAGGAGCAUGAAGAGGAAAGAAAAAAAACCAAGGAAAUGGGUGGAACACAUCAAAUUAAGGAUAUACUUGAUGUUUUGUUAGACAUACAUGAAGAUGAUAGUUCUGAAAUUAAAUUGAAUAAAGAGAACAUAAAGGCCUUUAUAAUGGACAUAUUUGUAGCAGGGACUGACACGUCAUCAGUGACUAUGGAAUGGGCUAUGGCAGAGUUAAUCAACAACCCAAAUGUGAUGGAGAAAGCAAGGCAAGAAAUUGAUGAAGUGAUUGGAAAGAGUAGAAUAGUGGAAGAAUCAGAUAUUGUUAACCUUCCUUACCUGCAAGCCAUAGUUAAAGAAACAUUUAGGCUUCACCCUGCAGGUCCAUUAUUAUUUAGGGAGUCAUCUAAAAGGGCCAUAGUUGGUGGUUAUGAUAUAGAAGCCAAGACUCGAUUAUUUAUCAAUGUUUGGGCUAUUGGUAGGGACCCCAAUCAAUGGCAGAACCCACUUGAGUUCAGGCCAGAGAGGUUUAUUGGUGAAGAGGGAAAUGGGCUGAGUAAAUUCGAUGUUAGGGGACAGAAUUAUCAUCUUAUUCCAUUCGGGAGUGGAAGAAGAGGGUGUCCUGGAACCUCUUUGGGGCUGCAGGUUGUGCAUGUGAAUCUGGCUGCAAUGAUUCAGUGUUUUGAAUGGAAAGUUGAUGAUGGCAAUGGCACCGUUGACAUGGAAGAAAAGCCAGGGAUGACUCUUCCAAGGGCUCACCCCAUUAUAUGUGUCCCUGUUCCUAGGUUUAAUCCCUUUCCUUUUAUGUGA